CAAAGCUAGUGAGCACUUCCUCUUAACCACUUUGCGCCACGUCUCGUUGAACACUCUGGAUCGAUUAACAGGACGAGCCUGGCUCUUGAAGAGUCCGGGAUAUCUACAUCUUUCUGUUCCAAGCCCCCGGUUUAUCUGUUUCGCACAGCGCAUGUCUACAAUGACGACCACAGAGGAGAACCCCACCAGCGCGGGGGAGCGCCCUACCAAGCUGCAAGGACGAGCUUUCUACGAGUCUAUUGGAAGCCCCAAGUUCAUUGUUGCGCCGAUGGUAGAUCAGUCUGAAUUUGCCUGGCGCAUGUUGACUCGAAGUUUCAUCUCACCCUCUGAGCAAAAGAGUCUUCUUGCCUAUACACCCAUGCUCCACGCUCGACUCUUUUCGCAGGACGAGAAGUAUCGCAAGGCACACUUCCAAUCACUCAAACCUGACGGCGAAACUCCCUGGCUUGACGGAAACCCUUCUAUCGACCGACCGCUAUUCGUCCAGUUCUGCGCCAACGACCCCGAAGCGCUCCUUUCUGCCGCCAAGCAAGUCGCCCCUUACUGUGAUGCUGUUGACCUGAACCUCGGAUGUCCUCAAGGUAUCGCGCGAAAGGGAAAGUAUGGUGCUUUCCUCCAGGAAGACCAGGACCUUAUCUUCCGCUUGAUCAAUAUCUUGCACAAGGAGCUGCCUGUGCCCGUGACAGCCAAGAUUCGGAUUCUGGACACGAAGGAGGAGACACUGGCAUACGCGCAGAAUGUUCUCAAGGCUGGCGCAUCCAUCCUCACUGUCCACGGUCGACGAAGGGAGCAGAAGGGACAUUUAACAGGCCUGGCUGAGUGGAAGAUGAUUCGAUUUUUGAGAGAUAGCCUGCCCAAGGAGACAGUCAUCUUCGCGAAUGGAAACAUCCUUCAGGAGGGAGAUAUCGAGAAGUGCCUCGAAGCUACAGGAGCUGAUGGUGUGAUGAGUGCUGAGGGAAACCUCAGUGAUCCAGCUAUCUUCUCAAAGCCACCACCCGUCGGAGAGGAGGGACGAGAGUACUGGAGAGGAAAGGAUGGAAAAGGGGGAUACAGAGUUGAUGCUGUGUUCAGACGAUAUAUGGACAUCCUCCAUGAACACGUUUUUGGAGAGAAGCACAUCGAGCGCCGACCACUCUUCAUGCCUGGUGACGAUACUGAAUGGAUGAACGAGAGCGAGACAAUUGAGGAUGAGCCACCGUCUAAGAAGCGAAGAAAGGAUUUAGGCAAGAAGGGAGAACAGGGCCCCAAUAUGUCAGCCAUGCAGCCUCAUCUUUUCCAUCUAUUGCGACACUUUGUCUCCAAGCACACCGACGUGCGAGAUAUGCUGGCCAAGAGCCGAGCAGGCGACAUGGAAGCCUAUGAGCGCGUUCUAUCUGCGGUGGAACGCAAGGUUGCAGAAGGCCUCAUCGAGUACGAGCGCACCAAUGGUGAGAGCGUUGCGGAGACACCACUGGCCGAGGGCGAGGAGGACCCCCCCGAGACUGAAAGCUCAAUAGGCACACAAAGGCGGUGCCGAAGACCUUGGUGGGUGGUUCAACCGAUUAUUCGACCUCUACCCAACGAGGCGUUCAAGAAGGGAGCUUUGACUAUGAGCAAGAAGGACAAAGUCAAGGCGCAGGAACAGAAACAGGAGGAGAAGGUUAAAAAGGAAGAUAUCAAGGCUCGAGAUGAGGCUUUGGCGGGAUAAAGUUAUGAUUGCGAUGAGUUUAUAUAGAUGGCGUAUGGGAGUGAAAUACUUAGAAUAGAUCAAAAGAUAUAGCUUCUCACAAUAAUGAUUUGAAAUCCA